UACAGUGCAAUAGGUUUUUAAAAAUACAUAAAAAUAUAAUUAAAAAAUAAAUUUUUAUUGUUAUUAAUUAAAAACUGCAAUUGAUUUUUUAUACCCUCAAUAUUUUCGUUCUACAAGAAGAAUAAAUAAUAUUUCUGGAGUAUCAAGAAGACAUCACAACAUUGAAAUAACAUAUUUGUAAAAUGAAGACCAACUAUUGUUCAUCAGAUAAAUCAGUUGAAAAGACUGUAAUUAAACAUGGUAAAAUCAGCAAUAAGCCACAAGAUGGUUCCAUCUGUUCCUUGCUGAUAGAAGAUGUCCAAACAAUUCCCCAGGAUAUUGACUUGCAACAAUAUCACUCGGAAAUAUUAACUGGCAAUUCAACAGUCCAAUUGACAAUUGAUGAAUCAUCAUCACAAUUGGACAGGCAAAUCGAAAGAGCCAUCAAGUGGAUGGGAGACAAUGAAGUUGCUCUUGUUAAGAUUGUUCUUCCAGCUCUUUCUGACCAAGAAGAAUGUCCAAAAAAUAACCAGCUUAAAUUUAAAAUAACACUGAUUGAUCACAAGCCAGUCAAACCCAUCUGGGACUGGACACCACAAGAAAAAUUUGACAAAGCAUUGGAAAGAAAAGAAACUGGUGUUGAACUUGUUAAUAAAUCAAGAACAAAAGAUGCAUUUUAUAAAUUUUCAAAAGCUGUUAAAAUAAUAAUUUCAAUGGAGCCAAUUAAAGAUUUAAAUCUUGAUGAUAAUUUAAACAAUAAAAUCAAUGAUUUAAGAGUCAGUUUGUACAACAACAUGGCAAUGUGCCAAUUGAAGUACAACAAUUAUGAUCAUACAAUUGAACUCUGUAACAAAGUCUUGAUGAGAGAUAAAAAUAACGUCAAGGCAUUGUACAGAAGAGGCUGUGCUUAUGGAGCUAUCACAAAUGUUGAAAAAGCACUUGAUGAUUUUAAAUAUGCUCAUCAUAUUGAACCACAAAAUAAUGCUGUUAAAAGUCAACUAUUAAUUUAUCAAGAAAAAUGGAAAAAAGCUGAAAAAGAAACAAAAGAUAUUAUUAGAAAAAUGUUUACAUAAAUUGUUAAUAAAUAUUUUAUAUUUUUUAAAACUUUUUUGGAAUUUAUUUAUCAAUCAAUCGCAUAAAUACAAAAAUACAUUUUUUCUACCCAUUUUUAAACUUAUACCACAAUUAUAUUAUUAUUAUUUUUUUACAUCUUGCAUGCUCAACAAUUUUUUUAAAAAAUAUUUCGAAACAAAAUUAAGGAUAGUUUUGAUAUUUAAAUAAAGAUCAGCUGCAUUAUUAUUGAUUAAAUGAUAAAAAUAUGUUAGUAAUAUAUUCCUGCGAUGAUUAUUGCAUUGUUUGUUAAUAAUUAUCAUUAAAAUAUGUUGAGACAUUAUUACAAGAUAACAAAUCAUAUACUUAAAAUCACAUUUAUCUUUUUUAAUUAUUUUAUAAAAAAAAAAAAAAAAUAACAGUGACGUAUAUAGUAUUAAAAAAUUUGUUGUUUUUUUUAACUUAAAAUUAUUAUUAAACGAUGUAAUUUAUAUAUUUUGAUGUUGACAGAUAAUGAGCAAAAAAACAGUUGAUGAUUUUAACAGAAAUAAUAAAUAAAUGGCACAAAAAUUUUACAAUUAUUUUGCCAAUUAUCGAGUCGAAAUGAUUGAUUCAUUUCCAGAUAUAUUUUUUUCUUUAAAUGCUACAAACAUGCAUGAAAAAAAUUUAUUAAAAUGCACAUUCACGCCAGUUGUUUUAACAAUAUUCAUUUUUUUUUAAAUAUAAUAUUUGCAAGUUGACAAAAAAAAAUCAUUUUCAUCAUAAUCGAAUUGUUAUUGUUAAUAUCAUUGCAAAUAUGAUUUCUUUUUUCUCUUUUUUUUUCUAACAAAUUCACUGGCAAGAUGUAUCGAUUAUGUAAAUGAGCAAGUGCAUUUGCAUUUUGUAAUGAUUUUUUACAACACAUAACAGUUUAAUUUACAAAGCUAAUGGCAAAUGCGCUAGUGUUAAUUUUUUAUAUUCUUUUUU